CUCGCCCGGCCCUGCAGAAUGAGCAGGGACAGCUCCUCGGACGGGAGCGCCGAAGAUGGAGAGAAAGGGGCGGCGGGAUGUCAGGAAGAAGACUCUUUCAAGGACAUAUCCAUGUACUUUUCCAAAAAGCAGUGGAUGGAGCUGAGAGAUUGGGAGAAAGUCCGAUUUAAGAAUGUCAAGAGGAACUAUGAGGCCAUGAUUAAAAUAGGUCUCACUGCUUCUCGACCAACUUUCAUGUGCCGGGGCAAGCAAAACAGGAGAGCCAAAGUAGAAGAAUCUGGAGAUUCUGAUGAAGAAUGGAUGCCUAAGCAAUUAGUGAAAGCCUCUCGCUUCUCAUCAAGAUUAAAACAGAAGACACACCUAAGGAAUAAGGAGAUGACCAAGGAAUUAACUGACGCUAAAAUGAAGGGAACAGUGGAUUUAUCUGAGGAGUUGAAGAUAGUAGUCAUGAAUAACGUGACCAACUCAGAAGAAGUCAAGAAACAAGAGUGCAGAAAAAAGGAUGCUGCAGUCCAUAUCUAUAAUUUGCGGGAACGGAAGUAUCCAAUAUACCAAGAAAUCUGGGACCCUCAGGAUGAUGACUAUCUCUUCUGUGAGGAGUGUCAGACUUUCUUCUUGGAAACCUGUGCUGUUCAUGGGCCCCCAAAAUUUGUCCAGGAUGGUGCCAUGAUCAAGGGAUAUCCUUACUGCUCAGCCAUCACCCUGCCCCCGGGGUUAAGAAUUGGACUUUCGGGGAUUCCUAAUGCAGGACUUGGUGUAUGGAAUGAAGGCUCAAAUCUACCUAUGGGUCUGCACUUCGGACCCUAUGAAGGGAAAUCCACAGAGGAUGAUGAGGCUGCCAAUAGUGGAUAUUCCUGGAUGAUCACCAAGGGCAGAAAUAGUUACGAGUAUGUGGAUGGGAAAGAGGAGUCUUGCUCUAACUGGAUGAGAUAUGUGAAUUGUGCCCGGGAGGAGGAGGAACAGAACCUAGUGGCAUUCCAGUACCAAAGACAAAUCUUCUACCGAACCUGCCGAGUCAUUCGGCCUGGCUGUGAGCUCCUUGUCUGGUACGGGGAUGAGUAUGGUCAAGAAUUGGGCAUCAAGUGGGGAAGAAAGUGGAAAAGGCCCCUCACGGGUAUCACAGAUGAGGAAACUGAGGCUCAAGGUGACUAAGUGUUUGGCCAGGGCUAAACCGAGAGCCAGGACGUGCAUGCAAGUCUUUUGCCUCUAAGGACUUCAAAGUAUUUCUUGAUUCUUUAAUUCAGACAGUUCUAUUAGAUAUCUCAUCUAGCCUGUUGGAACUAGAAGGUGCACUUAGCACUGCUUCAGUGCUGUUUGAAUGUCUGAAUUUACCACCUCUUUGUAGAGUAUCCAUUCAUUAUCCAUAGGGGAUCACUUUCAUCACUGAAGAAAUAGUACUUAGCAUGUGCCUUUGGAUGAAGGGAUUAGACACACAGAGCUGCAAAAUGACUGAGCCCUCUGGAACAGAGGUUUCCCUCAAAGUCAUUCAGGUUGCCUUGUUUUAACCAGCCAGAGCACAAAUGUCACCUUUAUCCAGACCGAGUUCCAUUACAGUAGUUUAAGUGAACUUUGUGCUGGGAGGAGGAUACCGUUCCCCAAAACUAAGAGUUGUCAUAGCCCCAAGUGGUUCCUCAGUCAAAACAAAUGUACUGACUCAGGGAUUUCAGAAGCAAGUUAUGUUAUCAAGACAUUUGCCAGAGGCACAAGAGAAUGGUAAGAGAUGCAGGGGGGUGAGGGGGGAGGGAAGAAAGGAGAGGCUCUGCAAACUGUCAGAGAGAGCGCAAAAGCUCUGGCCUGAAAU